AUGAUUCUUGACUCUCAACAAAAGCCGGGCACUGCCUCUACUGCGAUGUUUGAUAUGCUGUUGGACGCCAAUAACCCAACCAAGUACACGGAGACUUCCUUUGACGAGGACAUUCUGUUGAACGACGAGGACGAGCAUGAUAAUGUCUUGAUGUCUUCUAUUUCGCUGGAUGACUCUGCCAGCUUUUUGACGAUCGACGACGAUGAUGAUGUCGAGGAGGAGAGCGAAGACACUACCGAAAAGUCCUCUAGCAGCACUCUGCCUCUGCUGCAUCAAGUGUUCCCCGAUGAAACUCUGUUUGACGCCAAGGAGCAGCGAUUUGAAUGGGACGAUGACUUUUCUAUUCUCAAGAAGCUUCGAAGGACACGACUCUCCACGGUCGUGGAAGAUGACAACCAAGAGAGAUAA